CGGCUCUUCCGGCUCUGGGCGCCAAGCUAAUAUUUUUACAUGCAUUGCAAAUUGAUCUCUGGUGGGAUCCUGCAGGAGGAUGAAUGCAGAGGAGCUGGAGCUGCUGGGUGAUUCCAAGUACAGGAACUAUGUAGCAGCUGUCGACAAGGCACUGAAAAGUUUUGAGUACUCUAGUGAAUGGGCUGAUUUGAUUUCAUCUCUUGGAAAGCUAAAUAAGGUUCUUCAAAAUAAUGCAAAGUACCAAGUUGUACCUAAAAAGCUGACCAUAGGGAAGCGCCUUGCACAAUGCCUUCAUCCUGCCCUGCCUGGUGGGGUGCAUCGGAAAGCCCUGGAGACAUAUGAGAUUGUUUUCAAAAUCAUUGGCCCCAAGCGCCUGGCCAAAGAUCUCUUCUUGUACAGUUCUGGCCUAUUUCCUCUUCUUGCUAACGCUGCAAUGUCUGUUAAGCCAGCAUUGCUCAGCUUGUAUGAAAUGUAUUACCUUCCUUUGGGCAAAACAUUGAAACCAGGCCUGCAAGGAUUGUUAACCGGGAUCCUGCCUGGUUUGGAAGAGGGGUCUGAGUAUUAUGAAAGAACUAACACUUUACUAGAGAAAGUUGCUGCAGCAGUGGACCAAUCAGCUUUCUACAGUGCACUGUGGGGUAGUCUUCUUACUAGUCCUGCAAUUCGGCUGCCUGGCAUUACUUAUGUCCUCUCCCAUCUAAACAGGAAGCUUUCUAUGGAGGAUCAGCUCUAUAUCAUAGGCAGUGACAUUGAAUUAAUGGUAGAAGCAGUAAGCACUUCAGUGCAGGAUUCCAGUGUCUUAGUACAGAGGAGCACACUUGAUCUCAUAUUAUUCUGUUUUCCAUUCCACAUGAGUCAGGCAACACGCCCGGAUAUGAUCCGAAUUCUUUCAGCUUCUCUUCAUGUAGUGCUACGCAGAGACAUGUCACUCAAUAGGAGGCUUUAUGCCUGGCUUCUAGGUUUUGAUAACAAUGGGGCUAUUACAGGACCUAGAAGUACGCGAAAUAGUAAUCCUGAAGAGCAUGCAAUAUACUACUUCAAUACAUUCUCUAAGGAAAUGCUAGUUCAGGCUAUGGUGGGAAUUCUGCAAGUCAAUGUGCAUAGCGAAGAGACCACAUUGAUGCAAGAUCUAAAGCCUUUUCGGAUUCUUAUCAGUUUACUGGACAAACCUGAGCUAGGACCUGUAAUAUUAGAAGAUGUAUUGAUUGAAGUAUUUAGGACAUUGUACACCCAGUGCAAAGCAGAACUGGAUAUUCAGAUGGAGUCUUCCUUUAGUAAGGAUCAUACUCAACUAAGCAGCAAAUUGAGGGAAAAUAAGAAAACAGCAGAGCUGAUUAAAACUGCCAAUCUUCUGUUUAAUUCUUUUGAGCCUUAUUAUAUGUGGGACUACAUUGCCCGUUGGUUUGAAGAAUGCUGUAGGCGGACUCUGCAUGCUCGAUUACAGGCCGUGCCUGGAGGUGCUAGUGAACCUGCUGAAUUCCCUCUUACCAAUUUCUGCCUUCUGGUUGAUUUUUUGUUGGAUAUAGUCUCUUUGGAAACCUAUAUUGAAAUACAAACAGAACACCUGCCUCAGCUUUUACUUAGAAUGAUCUCUGCACUGACAAGCCAUCUUCAGACACUGCAUUUGUGUGAGCUGACCGAUUCCUUGAAACUCUGCUCAAAGAUUCUUAGCAAAGUUCAACCUCCACUGUUAUCUGCUGGUACUGACGGUGUUCUACAGUUACCAAACAGACACAAUGCUCUCAAAGAAUGGGAAGAGAAAAAGAUGCCCCUAGUUGCUAUCGAAAAUCCCAAUGACGUAUUUGAGGAUGGAGAAAAUCCCCCAAGCAGUCGAUCAUCUGAAAGUGGAUUUACUGAGUUUGUACAAUACCAAGCAGAUACAACUGAAGAGAUUGACAGGAUGUUGAGUGGGGGUCCUGGAGUACCUGCCAUCCCCCUUAUGGGCAGUGCCUCCUCCGAGACAGAGUCUGCCUCAACAGUGGGUUCAGAAGAAACCAUUGUACAGCCUCCGUCCAAGUUGACCCAAGGGACAGGAUCUCGAAGUGGGAAGACAAUGACAAUUCAAAAGACUGCAAUGCAGUGCUGUUUGGAAUAUGUCCAACAAUUUUUAACCAGAUUUAUCAACCUCUACAUCAUUCCAAGCAAUUCAUUGUCUCGGCCUUUGGCAACAGGGAUUCAGGAGGACCUUGUAAGAGGGAAAGGAGAGACUGCACAGUGCACAAGAGAGUCGCAAGGAGAUGCAUCCAGAGGGAAAAAAACAGCUAAGAAGACAACACCAAAAGAAUACCUCUCUGCAUUCAUUGCUGCAUGUCAGCUCUUUCUUGAAUGUUCAAGUUUUCCAGUUUACAUUGCAGAAGGAAAUCAUCCCUCUGAAAUCCAUCCAGAGAAAGCAGAUGUUGAUUGUGAGCAAGAGCAGCCCCUUUUGUGGCUCCAGACCCUUAUGAAUGCUUGCAGGCAAGCAAAUGAUUUUAGUGUCCAAAGCAUUACUAUUUCUUUAAUAAUGGACUUAGUUGGAUUGACUCAGUCAAUUGCUGUGGUCACUGGAGAAAACCGGAAUAGUGUAGAACCAGCGCAGCCUCUGAGUCCAAACCAGGGAAGAGUAGCUGUCGUUAUCAGACCUCCUCUUAAUCAAGGCAACCUCAGAUAUAUGGCCGAAAAGACAGAUUUUUUCAAGCAUGUGGCGUUAACUUUAUGGGACCAACUGGGUGAUGGGACACCCCAAUACCAUCAGAAGAGUGUGGAGCUUUUUUUCCAGUUGCAUAAUCUAGUUCCAUCUUCUAGCAUUUGUGAGGAUGUUAUCAGUCAGCAGCUGACCCACAGAGACAAGAAAAUCAGAAUGGAAGCUCAUGCAAAGUUUGCAGUCCUUUGGCAUCUUACUAGAGACCUCAAUAUUAACAAGUCUUCAUCAUACGGUCGUUCAUUUGAUAGAUCCUUAUUUAUCAUGCUGGAUAGUCUUAACAGUUUAGAUGGCUCCACCUGGUCAGUCGGACAGGCCUGGUUAAAUCAAGUCCUCCAACGGCAUGACAUUGCAAGAGUCCUGGAACCUUUGCUUUUGCUGCUUCUCCAUCCAAAGACCCAACGUAUUUCUGUUCAAAGGGUACAGGCUGAAUGGUACUGGAGUAAAUCUCCCUAUCUGGAAGAUGAAAAUGAAAAACAUUUUAUGCAGAAAUUUAAUAGUAGUGGUUCAUUCAUCACAAUGCCAUCAAGUCAAGAACAUGGGAUAUCAACUAAAGAGAACAUUGAAAAGCAGCUGGGUUUAGACGAAAUGGAGAAUUUUAGUCUUACAGUCAACCCUUUAAGUGACAGGAUCUCUCUCCUGAGUACUAGUAGUGAAACUAUUCCUUUGGCUGCCUCUGAUUUUGACCUUCCUGAUAAUCAGAUAGAAAUAAUGCAAAGUUCAGACUCUGGCUGCUCCCAGUCAUCUGCUGGAGAUAACCUCAGCUACGAAAUAGAACCUGAAAGCCUGACUGCCCCAGAUAGUUCUCAACAUUUGAAAGGAGAUGCAUUAGAUGAAAUAAUACAGCAAGUGGUCCUUGACCUGAUCUGCAAAGUAGUCAAGGAGCUUGCAGAAGAUCCACGGUCAGAGAAAGAUGCAUAUCCAGAAGAUACUUCAACUACGUUAAAUACUCUAGAUCCCACUGAAGAUGUAUCCAAAUGUGAAGAACCAAACUUUCUGGACAGCCAGAGUAGUUUGCUUAGCAAUGACAGUACUCAGCUACUGUCUGUCUCAUCUGAGACUGGACUUGAAAGCAUUUCUAAUGAAAUCUCCAGAAACAGUUCGUCACCCUGCAUCUCAAUAAGCCAGCAGUCUCUCAGUGACCAAACUUUCACUUCCCCAGAAGAAAAGUCAAGGCAGCAAAAUCAUAGUAGCAUCCAAUUCAGCUUCAAAGGGAAAUUGCCCGAAAAAAUGUCAGAAAAGGAAACCAUUGUGAAAGAAUCUGGGAAACACCCAGGAGCAAAGCCCAAAGUCAAAAUAGCAAAAAGGAAAGACGAAGAAAAGAAGAAAGCACAAGCUGAGAAGCUGAAGCAAAGCAGUGUUUUCUUCAGCGAUGGCCUUGACUUGGAAAAUUGGUAUAGCUGUGGAGAGGGUGAAAUCUCGGAAAUUGAGAGCGAUGCAGGGUCACCGGGGGCGCGGAAAUCUCCCAAUUUUAACAUACACCCUUUAUAUCAACAUGUCUUAUUGUACCUCCAAGUAUAUGACUCCUCGAGGACUCUGUAUUCUUUCUCUGCCAUUAAAGCAAUCUUGAAAACCAACCCUUCUGCUUUUGUAAAUGCCAUUUCCACCACCAGCGUCAAUAAUGCCUACACCCCCCAGCUUUCCUUACUUCAGAAUCUCCUGGCCAGGCAUCGCAUAUCAGUCAUGGGCAAAGACUUUUACAGCCACAUCCCAAUAGACUCAAACCACAGUUUUCGAAGUUCCAUGUACAUCGAGAUCCUUAUCUCUCUCUGCUUGUAUUACAUGAGGAGCCACUAUCCGACUCACGUGAAAGUCUCUUCGCAGGACCUGAUCGGGAAUCGUAACAUGCAAAUGAUGAGCAUCGAAAUCUUGUCCCUUCUUUUUGCCGAGCUGGCAAAAGUGGUGGAGAGCUCCACCAAAGGGUUCCCCAGUUUCAUUUCGGACAUGUUGUCCAAAUGCAAGGUCCAGAAGGUGAUCCUGCACUGUUUGCUGUCCUCUAUCUUCAGUGUCCAGAAGUGGCACAGUGAGAAAAUGGCGGGCAAAAACUUAGGGGCUGUUGAAGAAGGCUUCUCCGAAGACAGUCUAAUCAACUUUUCCGAGGACGAGUUGGAUAAUGGUAGCACACUCCAGUCACAGCUUUUAAAAGUCCUCCAGCGGCUCAUUGUUCUGGAGCACAGAGUGAUGACCGUGCCUGAGGAGAACGAGGCAGGCUUUGAUUUUGUGGUAACCGACUUGGAGCACAUCAACCCUCAACAGCCAAUGGCUUCCCUGCAGUAUUUACACUCCCAGCCCAUAACCUCCCAAGGCAUGUUUCUUUGUGCUGUAAUAAGAGCAUUACACCAGCAUUGUGCCUGUAAAAUGCAUCCCCAGUGGAUAGGAUUAAUCACUGCUUCUCUGCCUUACAUGGGGAAGGUGCUCCAAAGAGUGGUGGUUUCGGUGACCCUACAGCUUUGCAGGAACCUGGAUAAUCUGAUUCAGCAAUACAGAUAUGAAAUGGGCUUAUCCGACAGUAGGCCUCUUUGGAUGGCAUCGGUUACUCCACCAGAUAUGAUGCUCACUCUUUUGGAAGGUAUCACAACAAUUAUUCAUUAUUGCUUACUUGACCCAUCCACGCAGUAUCAUCAGCUUCUGGUUAAUGUAGAUCAGAAGCACAUGUUUGAAGCACGCAGUGGGAUCUUGUCUAUCCUUCACAUUAUCAUGUCCUCUGUCACACUUUUGUGGAGCAUCCUGUACCAGGCAGACUCUUCAGAGAAAACAGCUGUUGCAGCAGCUGCAUCUGUAACCACAAUUAAUCUUGGGUCAACAAAGAAUUUAAGGCAGCAAAUUCUUGAAUUACUUGGUCCAAUUUCAAUGAACCAUGGUGUUCACUUCAUGGCAGCUAUUGCAUUUGUGUGGAAUGAAAGGAAACAAAAUAAUCAAGCUUCAAGGACUAAGGUGAUUCCUAGUGCCAGUGAAGAACAGCUGCUGCUAGUGGAGCUAGUUCGUUCCAUCAGUGUUAUGAGAACUGAAACUGUAAUGCAAACAGUGAAAGAAGUCCUAAAGCAACCACCAGCUAUUGCCAAAGACAAGAAGCAUCUUUCAUUGGAAGUCUGCAUGUUGCAGUUUUUCUUUGCAUACAUCCAGAGAAUCCCAGUCUCCAACUUAGUAGACAGCUGGGCCUCUUUGCUGCUCCUUCUAAAGGAUUCCAUACCACUCGGCCUUCCAGCUCCAGGGCAGUUUCUAAUACUUGGUGUGUUAAAUGAGUUUAUUAUGAAAAAUCCAAAUCUGGAUAAUAAGAAGGACCAGAGAGAUCUACAGGAUGUAACACACAAAAUAGUGGAUGCCAUUGGGGCAAUUGCAGGCUCAUCCCUGGAACAGACUACCUGGCUGAGGCGAAAUUUAGAGGUUAAGCCUUCUCCCAAAAUAAUGGUUGAUGGAAACAACCUGGAGUCUGAUGUGGAAGAUAUGUUGUCUCCAGCUUUGGAAACCUCAAGCAUAACUCCAUCAGUGUAUAGUGUCCAUGCCUUAACACUAUUGUCAGAAGUUUUGGCUCAUCUUCUAGACAUGGUUUUCUAUAGCGAUGAGAAGGAAAGAGUUAUUCCUCUUCUUGUAAAUAUAAUGCACUACGUUGUGCCUUAUCUUCGCAACCACAGUGCCCAUAAUGCGCCCAGUUACCGAGCCUGCGUCCAGCUCUUGAGCAGUCUGAGUGGCUAUCAGUAUACCAGGAGAGCGUGGAAGAAGGAAGCUUUUGAUCUCUUCAUGGAUGCCAGUUUCUUUCAGAUGGAUGCUUCUUGCGUGAAUCAUUGGAGAGCCAUUAUGGACAAUUUGAUGACACACGACAAAACCACUUUUAGAGAUUUGAUGACUCGUGUGGCUGUAGCUCAGAGCAGUUCCCUCAACCUGUUUGCUAAUCGGGAUGUUGAACUAGAACAGCGUGCUAUGCUCCUGAAGAGGCUGGCCUUUGCCAUUUUUAGCAGUGAAGUGGAUCAGUAUCAGAAAUACCUUCCAGAUAUACAAGAAAGACUGGUUGAAAGUCUCCGCCUGCCCCAAGUGCCUACCCUCCACUCCCAAGUAUUCCUGUUUUUCAGAGUUUUGCUUUUAAGAAUGUCUCCACAGCAUCUUACCUCACUUUGGCCUACCAUGAUCACAGAACUGGUCCAAGUAUUUUUACUUAUGGAACAGGAGCUCACAGCUGAUGAAGAUAUCUCAAGAACUUCAGGUCCAUCUGUUGCUGGGCUGGAAACAACAUAUACAGGAGGCAAUGGAUUUUCUACAUCAUACAAUAGUCAGAGAUGGCUGAAUCUUUAUUUGUCGGCUUGUAAAUUUCUGGAUUUGGCCCUUGCUUUACCUUCUGAGAACCUUCCUCAGUUUCAGAUGUACCGGUGGGCCUUUAUUCCAGAAGCAUCAGACGAUUCCGGAUUGGAGGUGCGAAGACAAGGCACCCACCAGAGAGAAUUCAAACCAUACGUUGUGCGGCUAGCAAAGCUGUUACGAAAAAGGGCAAAGAAAAACCCAGAGGAGGACAGCUCAGGGAGGAUUCUGAACUGGGAACCUGGCCACUUGCUCCUGACCCUCUGUGCUGUCCGCAGCAUUGAGCAGCUCCUCCCCUUUUUCCAUGUCCUGAGCCAAGUCUUCAACAGCAAAGUCACCAGCAGGAGCAUUGGCCAUUCAGGGAGCCCCAUGCUUUACCCAAACUCUUUCCCCAACAAAGACAUCAAAAUGGAGAACCAAAAGGCAUUCUCUAGCAAAGUGAGGCAAAAAAUUGAAGAAAUGGUUGAGAAGGACUUUUUGGAAGGGGUCAUCAAGACAUGAAAUGUAAAUGGCAGAAUCAUUUAAUCCUAUGUAAUGUU